UCAUUAGAGUGUGCAAACAUAUGGGAUUAUAGUCAGCCAUAAACAACUGAUUCUGCCUGGUUCCUGAUGAGCAAUUGAGUGAGGCUAAAAUUGACCCCAUUCUAUAAAAUGUUUUUCGUCCUUUAUCUUUUCUCUCUCAGGCUGGCUGAUGCUGUGACCCCACUCUGAAGAAUGAACUACAAGGAGCAGCUGCAGUGGGAACACUUUUUUCUUGAUCCACUCUGUCCAAGCCCUUCAUGAUUUGGAACACUUCAUCAAAUCUCCACCCAGCCUUCUCUGGGAAGAACAGUCUGAUCUAUCAGUGUAGCCACAGGCACCAUCAAACGGAAAUAAUUCUGCAAGUUCCUGUCAGAUAUUGCAACGUCAACUUUCUCCAUGAACAGAGGGCCUGAUGGCAAUCCUGUAGCGAAUGAGCAUUACACUGGAACUGGCAAAGGAAGAAAUAUUGUUUGUACUCAAUCAGAUCACUUGGUGAAUGUGCACGAGAAACACAAGCAAGUGGUCAGAAGUUAUGAGCAGUUCAUCCAGCUUUCUCCACUGGAGCCUUGCAUCCUGUUCCUUGAAGGAGGACACUGGCGGGAAAUCACCGUUCGCACCAAUAGGAAAGGAGAUACGAUGGCUAUUGUCUACUUCCAUCCUCAGCAUCUAGAGAAGGGUCGACAGGCAGGAGGCUGGAAGAACACAGCAAGCCAGGCAACAUCAGGAGAUGGAGAAGUCAAUGUUUUGGGUGUAUCCCUUCUUCUAGCCAAAGUAGGCAUGUUCACACUUUCCUAUGCCAUAUUCGAUCCCCUACAUUUUUGGCUGCUCAUUAUUUGUAUCUCUUUAUGUCCAUAUCACAACUUAAUUUCUUACUGAUCAUUGUGUCAUCAGCAAUACGCACACAAAAUGGACUGCAGCUAAUCAGAAAGGCAACUCAGCGCCAUCUUCACAAGGACAUCCAGAGAUGGGCAAUAAAUGCUGGCACAGCC